CGGCAGAGAAUGGCCGCGGGGAGGGCUCCCCGGAGCCUCCCAGUCUCUUGAUCAAAGCAUUCCGCUAUUCUGAUUUAUUGCCUGCUUGGUGAGUUAUUUUUUUUCCCCUCUAAAGGAGACCUGUGUGUUCAGCCAUUACUUUGCUCGGCGCUGCUCCCAGGCAUCUCCGACCCUCGGUGCGGCGGGGAGCCCCACACUUGGGCUCUGCGCCCCCCGUCCCUCCUCCCCUCUCUCCGCCCCUUCCCCCUUUUCUUUCUCCUCUCUUUCUUCCCCUCUCUCCCUUCUUUCGGCCGCCGUCUCCUCCGCGCCCUCCUCGGGGCGGAGGGAAGCCGUGAUCGGGGGAGGCAGGGCUCGGUGUCAAUUUUUUUUUUCGGGGUGUGUGUGUGUGUGUGUGUGGCCGCGGCCGGAGCCUGUGGCGGGCGGCAGGCAAGCGGGGGGGGGGGACCCCGGCGCGGCACAGCCAUGGAUGGCCCGACGCGGGGCCAUGGACUCCGCAAAAAGCGGCGGUCGCGGUCGCAGCGAGACCGGGAAAGGCGCUCCCGGGGCGGACUGGGGGCCGGUGGCGGAGGGGCCGGCCGGACCCGGGCGCCCUCGCUCGCCUCGUCGUCGGGCUCCGACAAGGAAGACAAUGGGAAGCCCCCGUCCUCCGCCCCGUCCCGGCCCAGACCCCCGCGGAGGAAGCGGAGAGAGUCCACCUCGGCCGAAGAGGACAUCAUUGAUGGAUUUGCCAUGACCAGCUUUGUCACUUUUGAAGCGCUGGAGAAAGAUGUAGCACUUAAGCCUCAGGAACGUGUGGAGAAAGGCCAGACUCCCCUGAGUAAGAAGAAACGAGAAGCACUUACCAACGGCUUGUCUUUUCAUUCAAAGAAGAGCAGGCUCAGCCAUCCACACCACUACAGUUCAGAUCGAGAAAAUGACCGCAAUCUCUGCCAGCACCUCGGGAAGAGAAAGAAAAUGCCGAAGGGACUCAGACAGCUCAAGCCAGGGCAGAACAGCUGCAGGGACAGUGACAGCGAAAGUGCCAGCGCAGAAUCCAAGGGCUUCCCCCGGAGCAGCUCCCGUGAAAGGCUCAGCGAUAGUUCAGCUCCUUCCAGCUUGGGAACAGGCUACUUCUGUGACAGUGACAGUGACCAGGAAGAAAAGGCAUCAGAUGCCAGCUCUGAAAAACUCUUCAACACUGUUAUUGUAAACAAAGAUCCGGAGUUAGGUGUUGGCACGCUGCCCGAACAUGACAGCCAGGAUGCAGGGCCGAUUGUCCCCAAGAUAUCGGGUCUAGAGAGGAGCCAGGAGAAGAGCCAGGACUGUUGCAAAGAGCCUAUCUUUGAGCCCGUGGCGCUUAAAGACCCCUGUCCUCAGAUCCCACCUCCGCUCCCCCAGCCCCCAGCGGAGCCCCAGCUCCGAGCUCCGUCUCCGGACCCUGACUUGGUGCAGCGGGCAGAGGCCCCAGCCCAGCCGCCCCCUCCGAGUACUCAGCCACCACAGGGACCCCCGGAGGCCCAGCUGCAGCCAGCCCCACAGCCUCAGGUGCAGCGGCCGCCCCGGCCACAGUCCCCCACCCAGCUGCUUCACCAGGGCCUCCCGUCCGUGCAGCCCCACCCCUCGUCCCAGAGCCUCUCCCAGCCGCUGUCCGCCUACAACAGUAGCAGCCUGAGCCUCAACAGUCUCAGCAGUAGCAGAAGCAGCACUCCAGCGAAGACUCAACCCGCCCCUCCACACAUCGCCCACCACCCCUCCGCCUCCCCAUUCCCCCUCUCCCUGCCCAGUCACAGCCCUCUGCACAGCUUCACACCCACCCUCCAGCCCCCCGCACACUCACAUCACCCCAAUAUGUUUGCCCCUCCCACUGCUCUGCCUCCUCCACCACCACUGACAUCAGGGAGUCUGCAGGUCCCCGGACACCCUGCCGGGAGCACGUACUCAGAGCAAGACAUCUUGCGCCAGGAACUGAACACACGUUUUUUGGCCUCUCAGAGUGCUGACCGUGGGGCUUCCCUGGGCCCUCCGCCCUACCUGCGGACCGAGUUCCACCAGCACCAGCACCAGCACCAGCACACGCACCAGCACACGCACCAGCACACCUUCACGCCAUUCCCCCACGCCAUCCCGCCCACCGCCAUCAUGCCGACGCCAGCACCUCCCAUGUUUGACAAAUACCCUACAAAAGUUGACCCAUUCUACCGGCACAGUCUCUUCCAUUCCUAUCCUCCUGCAGUAUCGGGCAUCCCCCCCAUGAUCCCACCCACUGGCCCUUUUGGUUCACUACAAGGAGCAUUUCAGCCCAAGACAUCCAACCCUAUCGAUGUCGCUGCUCGGCCUGGGACAGUCCCACACACUUUACUCCAAAAGGACCCGAGGUUGACAGAUCCUUUCAGACCUAUGCUAAGGAAACCAGGGAAGUGGUGUGCUAUGCAUGUUCACAUCGCCUGGCAGAUUUACCACCACCAACAGAAAGUCAAGAAACAGAUGCAGUCAGACCCACAUAAGUUGGACUUUGGACUGAAACCUGAGUUCCUGAGCCGCCCGCCAGGCCCCAGUCUCUUUGGAGCCAUCCACCACCCCCAUGACCUGGCCCGGCCUUCGACUUUGUUCUCUGCUGCUGGUGCUGCACACCCAACCGGAACCCCCUUUGGGCCACCUCCUCAUCACAGCAACUUCCUCAACCCUGCUGCCCACCUAGAGCCUUUUAAUCGGCCAUCUACGUUCACAGGCCUUGCGGCAGUCGGUGGCAAUGCUUUUGGGGGACUUGGAAACCCUUCAGUUACACCCAACUCAAUGUUCGGCCACAAGGAUGGCCCCAGUGUGCAGAGCUUUAGCAACCCUCACGAACCCUGGAACCGGCUGCACCGAACGCCUCCGUCGUUCCCGACCCCUCCGCCCUGGCUGAAGCCAGGGGAGCUGGAGCGCAGCGCGUCCGCUGCAGCUCAUGACAGAGAUAGAGAUGUAGAUAAACGAGACUCAUCUGUUAGUAAAGAUGACAAAGAAAGGGAAAGCGUCGAGAAGAGACACUCCAGCCAUCCUUCACCAGCACCUAUGCUCCCGGUGGGCGCCCUGGGACAUAACCGCAGCUCUGCCGAACAGAUCAGGGGUCAUUUGAACACCGAGGCUCGCGAGAAAGACAAACCCAAAGAGAGGGAACGGGAGCACUCGGAAUCCCGCAAGGACCUGGCCGCGGAGGAGCACAAGGCGAAGGAGGGCCACGCGCCCGAGAAGGACGCGCAUGGCCACGAGGCGCGCGCCGCGGGCGACGACGCCAAGCAGGCGGCCCGCGCGCCCUCGCCCUUCGCGCGCGCCCCCGCGGCAGACGGCGCCCGGCCCGGCAGCACCUCGAGCCGCGAGGCCGAGCCGCGCAAGGGCGAGGCGGCCUACGAGCACCCCCGGAAGAGCUCGGAGGUCAAGGUGAAGGAGGAGCGCAAGGAAGACCACGACCUGGCCCCGGAGGCCGCCGCUGCCGCCGCCUCCGCGCAGGCCCAUCGCCCCUCGGAGCCGCCGCCGCCCAGCUCCUCGGCCGGCGUGCACGCGGGGCCGCUGGCAUCCAUGCCCAUGACGGUGGGGGUGACGGGCAUCCACCCCAUGAACAGCAUCAGCAGCCUGGACAGGACUCGCAUGAUGACCCCCUUCAUGGGCCUCAGUCCCAUUCCGGGGGGCGAGCGCUUCCCGUACCCCUCUUUCCACUGGGACCCCAUCCGGGACCCCCUGAGGGACCCCUACCGGGAACUGGACGUGCACCGCCGGGACCCUCUGGGCAGGGACUUCCUGCUGCGCAGCGACCCGCUGCACCGGCUCUCUGCCCCGCGGCUCUACGAGGCCGACCGCUCCUUCCGGGAUCGGGAGCCCCACGAUUACAGCCACCACCACCACCACCCUCACCCCCACCCCCCGCUGCCCAUGGACCCGCGGCGUGAGCACGAGCGGGGCACGCACCUGGACGAGCGCGAGCGCCUGCACCUGCUGCGCGACGACUACGAGCACCCGCGGCUGCACGCCGUGCACCCCGCCGCCCUGGACGGACACCUGCCGCACCCCGGCCUCCUGGCGCCGGGGCUCCCGAGCAUGCACUACCCCCGGAUCAGCCCCACUGCUGGCCACCAGAACGGGCUGCUCAAUAAGACCCCGCCCACAGCGGCGCUGAGCGCGCCCCCGCCGCUCAUCUCCACGCUGGGGGCCCGCCCAGGGUCCCCACGCAGGACUACCCCGCUGUCCGCGGAGAUCCGGGAGAGGCCCCCCUCACACACGCUCAAGGACAUCGAAGCCCGGUGAGGGGGGACAGGAAGACCUGGACGUGGGACGAGAAAGCGAGCGCCCGAGCGGAACCCGCCUCUCCGGACUGCGGGCGCCCAGCCCCCACCUCCGCCCCUGUACAGUGUACAGACUCCGCGCAGAUUUUGAAACGUUUUUGUAUAUCAUAUGUUGAAAUUUUUCAGAUCUUUUAGCCAACUCGUAUGUCCUCAUGUCUCCUCUUUUUUGUUCCUUCUAUAAAACUUUUUGAUUUGAACCAAAACAGUGAAGAGGACAACACACACCGUUCGGAUGGGCUUUGGGGGUUGGGGGCGCCCACACGAUCCGAUCCGUCUCGCAGAGCUCUCUCGGAGGGGAAGGGAAGGCCGUGUGUACAUAGCGUGUAAAAAAGAUUGCUUCAUGAGCUGAUGGUUCAUAUAUGCAAAAGGGUAAGAUGAAAGCUUUACUUUGUACAGAUGUAAAUAGAUAAAGAUUAAGUAACAUAAUACAUUAAUACUUCUUAAAAUGUGCUAUUUGCAGACCUGGUAUCAGUGAGCACGGUCCGCUAAGGCCGUGUUUCCGUGUAUUGUUAUAGACAGCUAAACCCUUCAACUAUGCAAUGAAUGUUAGGGCUUUUCACAAAAGCCCACCUAACUCAAAGGAGCCUUUUCAAAUCCAUUUACAACAUACUUAAGGUCAUAUUUUCCCUAAACAAGCGCUUACGUGAUACGACUCUGUUUUCCUUGCUUGUUUUUUUUCAAAUAGAGAACACCCUAUUUCUCAAAUCGGACCCCAGGCUGGAACUUUGCAUCUGAAGUUGCUGCUUGAGGGCUUGGGGGGCCGGGCGCACCCCGGAAGGUAACUGAGGACAGGAGCAACCAGUGCCGGGGAGGAUGGGGCGUGUCAGAUGCCAAAAUCAGGGGGCGGUGGUGGUGCCAGUCAGAGCAGAAGGCAGAAUCCCCUCGCCGCCGGUCACGUGAUUUUGCGCACACCUCACGUGGGAGCCAUUCAUUUUUAGUGUGUCCCAGUUCAUAUCUGUACACACUUCCUCAUUUUGUAAUACUUCACGACACCAAACAGAUCCUGAAAGAAAGCUUCAAGUUUUCUCAGAUGAUGGAUAUGUUUUCACUGUAAACGCUAACUGGCAGAUUUAAGGUGCACAUUUCCCAGUGUGACUCACUGUAUUCCGGUUAGUCUCUAUUAGACUUGGUUUCUGGGAAUCGCUGAGACAGGUCAGCCUAGUGCAGCCAUCGAGAAUUGCAGAGGGUGAAAGGUGGCAGAGAAAAAGUCUUGUAUGUGCGUGUAUUUUUGAGUUUGCAUCAAUCUUAAUGUCUCUUCAUAAUACUUUUAUAAUACAUUAAGCCUCUUGUCUACAUAUUUGGAGAGAAUAUGACUUUACUAGCAGAGAAAUACAAUAUAUCUUGUCUACUGGACUGUAAUAUACAUGUAUGAAAUAAAAUUAGUUCCAUUUGGUCUUCUAGUAUAUUAAAGUGCUAUCUGGCGUUGUUAUCCUGUUUUUGCAAAAAAAAAAAAAGUUAACUACAGGCCAUUGUUUCUAAUGAGCAGAGAGAUCUAUUUUAGUAGUAAACUGAAGGUUUAGUUGUGAGCUUCAGAUUUUGUGAACACCAGAUGUUGUGCAGUGUUUUUUUUUUUUUUAAGAUGACAACUAAAAAAAAAAAUCCAAGGAAUAUGUACACUGGAACUGUAGUGUAGCUUUCAGUAUUGUAAAGAGAUUGUUCUAUACAGACCUUUUUGCUGUUAAUCCUGUAUGUAAUAAAGUCCUUUCUAGAUCCUAUGUGAAAAGAAAAGUGAAGCAACUGAAUCUUCAGCAUGUUCUCAUCGGCGGAGCCUUCUUGUGUUAUGUAAACUGUGCCAUGUUAUUAAAAAAUGUGAACCAAGCUUGCA